GAGCGAGUUUCAGGCACCAAGUGAUUUCCUCGGGGAGAUGAUGAGUUUGCUCUGAUCUUCCAGCUCCCCCGCAUCCUGCCCCUGGUGCGCGGGGGACGGCAGGCCUGUAAAUACACGCUCAUGACUGUCAUCUGACUUCACCUGCCGCCGCCGCACACCUUGCGCGGCGACCUGUGGGCAGUGAGUGGACCAGAUUGAUCUCGCGCCUCUCCUGUGGGAGGCAGGUCUCUUGGGGGGAUGGGUGUCCAUCUCAUUUCGAAAAGCCGGAGCACAUAAAGCACUCACUAUGGAGAAAAUACCAUUUUGAGACAUUUUUCUGUUGCCGGUGAGAGAGGAGGAGCCAAUACAGAAGCGCACCCUCCUGUGUGUGUGCCUCACUGUACUGCUUUUUAUAAAGCAGCUUAGUGAUGAAGCCACCAUUAUGUCCUCAGUCAGUGAAGUAAAUGUCGACAUCAAAGAUUUCCUAAUGAGCAUUAAUUUGGAGCAGUAUGUCUCACAUUUCCGUGAGUUUGGUUUUAAUACCGUGAAGGACUGUGCAGCCAUAGAUGACAGCGUGCUACACAAAAUUGGAAUAUCUCCGACAGGACACCGGAGGAGGAUCAUUAAACAGUUACAGAUAAUCUUGUCAAAAAUGCAAGAUAUCCCAAUAUAUGCAAAUAUUCAUAAAAUAAAGAAGAAUGAUGAGACUUCAAAGGGUCACCCCGCUCCAUCUUCUGGCCAGGAUACCUGCACAGAACUGUCAGAUUCAUCUGGCAUUCAGACACCUAGCCCAGCGCAGUUGGAGACUGUUACAAAAAAUCUCGAUCCAAGUGACACUGGUGUGGAAAAUAGCCAGUGUCUUAAAUCAGAUGAUGAGCUCUCUCUUCCUAAACACAGCUUUCCCAUUCAUGGAGAAGGACACCAUCUGAAAUUCGGUUCCUUUCAAGAUUCUUUGUUGGGUAGUGAAAAUCUUCCAAUAGAAUCUUUGAUUGCAAAGGAGACUGUGGAUUGUACAACUAAAGAACAACCAACAGAAAAAGUCGAUUUGAACUCAGAAGAUGUGAACAAGCUUCCAAAUGUAGACCCUGACCGCCUUCCUUCCCUUGGCUGUUCAGUUUCAGAAGCCAAUUCUGGACAUGGAACGAAUGGUUUAUUAGAAAGAUCACCACCAUCCCCUCUCUUUAACUUUCAAGGACAAAUGGUUAUAAAUGAUUUGUAUGUUCCGUCAUCGCCGUUCCUAACACCUAUGAGAAGCCGUAGCAAGUUGGUUUCAAGGCCAUCUCGAUCUUUUCUGCUAAGACAUCGGCCCGUACCAGAGAUUCCAGGGUCAACAAAAGGAAUUUCAGGGAGUUAUCGCUAUCAUGCUCAUAGGAUUUGUAGUGAUGUUCCCUCUUUCAUCCCAGAUAUUGAUUCAAAUGAGGAGAAUUCAUCUUCCAUCUUUCCUUAUGGAGAGACCUUUCUCUUCCAGAGACUAGAAACUUCCAAGAAAAAGUCUAUAAGGAAUGAAUUUUGGGCCCAUGAAGAAACACUCAAAGGGAAAGCAACAACUGAAAAAAACUCUUUUCUUGUCCAAUCAAGCAUAUAUGAUAACAGGAAGGAGAAUGUAAGUGAGGACAAAGUGGAAGAUAUUUGGAUACCUCGAGAGGACAAAAACAAUUUUCCGACGGGCGGAGCUGCAGAUUCAGAAUAUUCAACAGUAGAAGAAUGCUUUCAGAGUUUAAAAAGAAAAAAUUCAAAGGCAUCUAAAUCCAGGACUCAAAAAGUAUUGAACUUGGACCCUGUUAAUAGGCAUAGUUAUCCCUUAAGCUCCACAAGUGGAAAUGCUGAUUCAUCAGUCAUUUCCUCAAGUCCAAUAUCUCCUUAUGCCUGCUUUUAUGGAUCGUCUGCGAAGAAGGUUAAAUCGGGCUGGCUAGACAAACUCUCUCCUCAAGGAAAACGCAUGUUUCAGAAGAGAUGGGUGAAAUUUGAUGGCUUUAGCAUUUCUUAUUACAAUAACGAGAAGGAGAAGUAUUCAAAAGGAAUAAUUCCCCUUUCUGCUAUAUCUACAGUACGAGUUCAAGGAGACAACAAAUUUGAGGUUGUUACAACACAAAGAACUUUUGUUUUUAGAGUAGAAAAAGAAGAGGAGAGAAAUGACUGGGUCAGCAUACUACUGAAUGCACUGAAAUCGCAGUCCCCCUCGUCGCAGUCUCAAGCAGUUGCUGCCCCUGAGAAAUGUGGAUAUCUUGAAUUGAGAGGGUAUAAAGCCAAAAUUUUUACUGUGUUAAGUGGAAACAGCGUGUGGCUCUGCAAAAACGAACAGGAUUUUAAGGGUGGACUUGGUAUUACCAUAAUCCCCAUGAAUGUAGCCAAUGUAAAGCAAGUGGACCGGACUAUGAAACAGUCUUUUGAGAUAAUCACGCCCUAUAAGAGUUUUAGCUUUGUAGCCGAGUCUGAAAAGGAGAAACAAGAGUGGAUUGAAGCUGUGCAGCAAUCGAUAGCAGAAACUCUCUCUGAUUAUGAAGUAGCUGAGAAGAUUUGGUUCAAUGAGUCCAACAGGAGCUGUGCAGAUUGCAAAGCCCCGGAUCCGGACUGGGCAUCCAUCAAUCUCUGCGUCGUCAUCUGCAAGAAGUGUGCAGGACAACAUAGAUCUUUAGGACCAAAAGAUUCCAAGGUUAGAAGUCUAAAAAUGGAUGCAAGCAUUUGGAGUAAUGAACUCAUCGAGCUUUUUAUUGUCAUUGGAAACAAAAGAGCAAAUGACUUUUGGGCUGGUAACCUUCAAAAAGAUGAAGAAUUACACAUGGACGCGCCUGUAGAAAAGAGAAAAACCUUCAUUACCCAGAAGUACAAAGAAGGGAGAUUCAGAAAAACCCUUUUGGCAUCUCUCACCAAGGAGGAAUUAAAUAAGGCUCUGUGUGCUGCUGUGGUGAAAUCGGAUGUUCUGGAAACAAUGGCUUUGCUCUUCAGUGGAGCAGACGUCAUGUGUGCAACCGGAGACCCCGUGCACAGCACCCCCUACCAGCUGGCCAAGAAGGCCGGGCAGAGUCUGCAGAUGGAAUUUCUCUACCACAACAAGUUCUCAGAUUUCCCUCAACACGACGCGCAUUUCGAAGGUGGAGUAAGUCAAGAGUCCGCCCAGUGCACGUUCCUCUGUGACUUUUUGUACCAGGCUCCUUCUGCCGCCUCCAAACUCCCUGCAGAGAAAAAGCUGCUGGAAGAGACAAAUAAAAAGUGGUGUGUUUUGGAAGGAGGUUUCCUGAGUUACUAUGAAAAUGACAAGUCUACCACUCCCAACGGCACCAUUAACAUCAGUGAUGUCAUCUGCCUGGCUGUGCACAAAGAGGACUUCUAUAUAAACACCGGGCCCAUCUUCACCUUUGAGAUCUAUUUGCCCUCAGAACGUGCGUUUUUAUUCGGAGCUGAAACAUUUCAAGCCCAAAGAAGAUGGACAGAGGCAAUAGCUAAGCAGUUUGUUCCCUAUUUUGCUGAAAACUUAACACAAGCUAAUUAUGAUUUGAUUGGCCAACUCUACUACAAAGACUGCCAUGCCCUGGAUCAGUGGAAAACAGGCUGGUUUGCUAUGGACAAGUCUAGUUUGCGUUUUUGCCUUCAAACGCAGGAAGUUCAGGAAGACAGAAUGAACUUAAGAAGACUGCAAGAGCUAACUAUCAGCACAAUGGUUCAAAAUGGGGAAAAAGUGGAUAUUUUGCUCUUGGUAGAGAAAGGGAGGGAAGUAAAAGACUACCCUCCCCCUGAAAAUGAACAACAAGCCACAGCAACUCAGAAUGUUCCCAUCAUCGUGAACAGCUGUAUAGCAUUUGUUACGCAGUAUGGUUUAGGGUGCAAAUAUAUCUAUCAAAACAGUGGCGACCCUUUGCACGUAAGUGAACUCCUGGAGAGUUUCAGAAAAGAUGCCAGAAGCUUUAAAUUGAGGGCUGGAAAGCAUCAGCUUGAAGACGUGACGGGCGUGCUGAAAAGGUUUCUGUCCGACAUCGACGAUGCGCUUCUUGCUAAGGAGCUCUAUCCGUACUGGAUCUCUGCUUUAGAUACCCAAGAUGACAAGGAAAGAGUUAAAAAAUAUGGAGCAUUUAUAAGUACCCUUUCAGGGGUCAACCGAGCAACAUUGGCAGCUAUAAUUGAACACCUUUACAGGGUUCAGAAGUGCUCAGAAAUCAAUCACAUGAACGCCCAUAAUUUGGCCUUAGUCUUUUCAUCCUGUUUGUUUCAAACUAGGGGACAAACUAGUGAAGAAGUGAAUGUAAUCGAGGACUUAAUUAACAAUUAUGUUGAAAUAUUUGAGGUUAAAGAAGACCAAGUCAAACAAAUGGACAUAGAAAAUAGCUUUAUUACCAAGUGGAAAGACACUCAAGUUUCCCAGGCUGGAGACCUGUUAACUGAAGUGUAUGUGGAGAGGAAGGAGCCGGACUGCAGUAUUAUAAUCCGGAUAUCUCCUGUGAUGGAAGCAGAAGAAUUAACUAAUGAUAUGUUAGCAUUAAAAAAUAUUAUUCCUACCCCAGGUGAUCUCUGGGCCACAUUUGAAGUCAUUGAAAAUGAAGAGCUAGAGCGCCCUCUUCACUACACAGAAAAUGUGUUGGAGCAGGUGCUUCGGUGGAGCUCAUUAGCUGAGCCUGGCUCUGCUUAUCUCGUGGUGAAGAGGUUUUUAACCACCGACACCAUCAGACACUAUAACGAGAGAAAUGCCCUGGAAAGCAUCAAAGAGGGAGCCCUGAAAAUCAAAGAAGAACCAUCUAAAAUACUGUCUGGAAAUAAAUUUCAAGAUCGGCACUGUGUUUUACGAGAUGGGUAUCUGAUUCUUUACAAGGACCUGAAGAGCAGCAAACAUGACAAAAUGUUUCCUCUCAGUUCAAUGAAGUUUUAUCUUGGAGUGAGAAAGAGAGUGAAACCUCCAACCAGUUGGGGAUUGACAGCGUAUUCUGAAAAACAUCAGUGGCACCUGUGCUGUGACAGUUUACAAACUCAGAUGGAGUGGAUGGCCAGUGUCUUCCUUGCCCAGCAUGAAAAUGAUAUACGGCCACCUGCUGGAAAGCAACGAAAACGCUCCAUAACCAAAAACCCCAAAAUCGGAGGCUUGCCUCUCAUUCCCAUCCAGCAGGAGAAAAAUGCCACCCAAGCCUGGAGAAAUAUCGAGAGCGCCAGGGGGGAGCUGGAGAAGCUGCGGCUCCACGAGAAGCGGGACCAGGAGCCUGGGGACAGCACCCUGAAGGACAGAGCCUCCAUGGUGGCCCACUGCCUGGAGCACAGGGACGAUAAACUGCGGCAUCGAACCCGGAAGCAUCGCAGCCUCUACUGCCUGGAGGACACAGAGGCCGAGACUGAGGCCUUUCAUGGGCAGCAGAAAGGCCCUAAAGGCUCAUCAAAGACCCUGGGGAAGACUGAGGACAGGAACGGCAAAGCCACUCUGGACGCUGACAAUAAGUUGCCGUCCCAGGUCAUCAGAGAACUCAGCGUGGUUCUACAGCGGUCAAGAACCCUUCCGAAAGAGUUACAGGGCGAGCCGAUCUUACAGAAAGAAAUAAAAUGACUUGCAGAUUUUUUUUUAAAAGAACAUUGCAUACAAUGUUUGUGUACAAAUCAGAAAGCAAACUCUAAUGGUUUGUAACAUUUGUCUAGCUGUAUGUACUCAUUUGAAGAGCAUUUGGGAAUAUAUAUGUAUAUAUGUGAUAAGUGUAAGAUUUAACUUUAUUUUGGUCUGAACAAAGCUUGUACAGCUCCCCUGUAUUAACCGUGUGUAAAAAGUCCUUGGGUUACUUUGAGUGGCCAACCUUUUGAAGUAGGUGUCUUUUAAGUGGUGUAAUAUAUGAGCACAGAGAUCCAACUGUACUGUAUUGUAUAAAAUGCUGUUUAAACGGAGCCUAUGAAACUAUGUGUAACACAUUUUGCACUUUGAGGAACCCUGUAUAUUAAGUGAGCACAUGUUUUUAGGUUUACAGAAGGUCUACCUUAGGGAAAAGAAAGGGAAGUAAGUUGAAAAUGGGGAGGGUUUAUUUUAGUGGCUGCCUCUCACACAACACCGGGGUUUUAAAAAGGGCCCAGAAGUUAACAAACACCCUAAAAACCUAGGAGGUUAGGAUGUAUUCCAGUUCACUUUUGAGAAGUGGCUUGUGAAGAAAAUGUCUAGUGACUGAGUAUUUCCCAAGAGUCUGACUCGGCCAACAAACAUGCCUGAUGGCCCUGGCCACGCUUCGUUGGGGUGUGAGUGGACCAGCCACAGUCGCCACUCACUACACUGCAGGUCCCUGUGGUGGCUGCUGAGAGGAAACUUACACUGCCCGGGAGGCGUGUGCACAGGGCCCGGCGUGGACGCCAACUGCACUGCUGCUGUGUCCAGGAACUGGUCUUGGUCUUCAAGAGUUCCUCGCCAUGGUUUUGGUACGAACACAAUUCUUCAUUGCAGCGUUUUGUUAUUGUGGUUUUUUGUUACUGUUUUACUGUGUACGCCCCCUUCUUGUUGCUUUUAAGUAAGGUGGUAACAUGGUUCUCCGCACUGUCACAAUGAACUGGAAGUAUGCAGCAUGCGGCCAUUUGGCAGCGGGAGGUAGGGGAACAAAGCCCUAUCUAUCUUGACAUCCACUUCGGAUCAGCUACUGAGUCCAUGAUUCCCCCAGGGCUUGUCGGACUUAUUAUAGCUCAUGGGAGGGGCAGCACUUUUCAGCAGUGUCUUUAGAAUUCUAUCAGGUCUGGCAAGUUUCCAUGAAAACUUAUUUUAUGUAUGGAUGCUUUAUCCCUAGCAUUUCUUUUGACUCCCCUCUACUUUUUUGAGUAUCUUCAUCAGAAUUUGUAUACAAAGGGCCAUGCUUUGGUCGGUCUGAUCACAGUACAGUAAUAUGCUGUCAAAUGCUCUGAGUUUCUUCACUGUAAAACACUUAUAUUUGGUGGGGAUAAAAUUGUUUGCCCUGGAUAUGUGAUAUUUAUUCUUUUAAUCCAAAUAGAUUGGAAUUUUUUUAAAGAAGAGAAAACUGCAGGUCAGUUUAUAAAAUAGAUGGGCACUGCUGGGGAGCCUUUUGGUAUUUUAGAAAAAAACCCAAACUAAACAGUGAUCCUAAUAAGUGAUAUUUAUGUUAUAAAGUAAGGAGCCAUAUGAAAAUUAAUGUUGGACAAUGGGAAUAGUAUCUGGAGUGUACCUGUCUUAUCUGAAUAUUUUUGAAACUUGAGCUUCAAAUCUAAUAGCUUCUGUUUCCUGUACAAUGCUCUCUCUGUUUUUCCAAGUGUAAGAUAAGGGCUAAUGAUAUCCCAUAUAUUUUGAGUAAAAAUUAAAAUUGUUUUACAAGUCCA